AUGACAAAAGAGGAAGAAGAGCAACAAUGCGAUCCAUGCGUUACAGCUGUACUGGCGUUGAGCUUGGUGAGUCAGGUGUUAGACGAAGCCUUUCUUAUUGCUAAUGCGGCUAAAGAUUCAGGUCAACCAUGGCAAUAUGUGUCAAGCUGGAAAAAACUACGCAGUUUUCACUUUAACGAGCUUUAUAACGAAGACAUGACCAUUACAACAGUAUCAAAUGGUGACACUCAAUAUGUAAACGAUAAUCACUUAGAUAUCGAAAAUCAAUUGGAUACUAUUGCCACAUCUACACCUCAAAAAUCUUCAGAUUAUGUUGUAAAAUCUAUAAACGAGUCAAAUGUUAUAAUAGGUCAAGGUGAUGAAGAUUUUGACGUGUCAAACACCGAGUUACGGAAGUCAACAUCAAUGAUUAUAAAUCACCUUUUCGAUAUGAGUGAUGUGGAACACGUAAAUAUUUCUGAAGAAUAUGUUGCUAAACCAACAAACGAAAGCUCUGAUAACAGUGACGUGCUUAUCACUAAUAUGACCAAAAUUAUGGAUUCUUACGUUAAUAAUGCACAGAACGUUGAAAUGGCACAAUGGGACCAAGAAGAUAACGAUCAGCCCAAUUACUGUGAAUCUUCAGAUAUGACUGACAAAUCAAGCUAUUCUGUUUUAAGCGACAUAGCUGAUAUUUCUAAAAAUGUUUGUUUCAAUACUUGUGAUGAAAUUGUUACUGAGAAAACAAUCCACGAAGAGUUAGCUGAGAUUGACAACGAAACUAAAAAAUAUGACGAUGAGGUAGCUUUUUAUGAAAACGCUUAUUUGACAUUAAACCGCGAUUACGAACAUUAUUCGGAAGACGAUGAGCCUAUUCUGCAGGACCCGAAGACAUUACCAAUGCAAGAAGUGGAACUCUUAGCGGCUAAUACAUCGUCUGAAAAUAUAGAACCAAGCCGGGUAAAAAAAAAGUUAGCUACUGUUGCGAUGCCAACUUCGGUGGCUGGUUCUCAAAAGAGCAGUCUUGUACACCGAUGUCGAAUCCAAGGAGCUAGGCUGUUAUCGUGCUUUAGAGGGUGGUGGUGGCGACGUAAGAUGCCUGGUAGACGAAAGGUUCCACGUGCACCUGGCUCGAUCCGCGGUAUAUACCCACUAUCGCCGGAUGCACGACGUAGAGCCGCAAGUCUGUUGGACCACCGGCAUUUACGAACACCGUCUCCGUCCUCGUCUUUGGUUUGGAAAUUCAAUACGGUUAAUGAGGCCCUCGUUCACUCAUCUCGCUGGAAGGAGUUUGACUUAAAAAUGAGUUUAAAUGAAAAUGAUGAACUUUAA